GCCUAGCCGGGCAUCAGCCGGCCCCCAUACCUUCUAGUCUAACAAGUGAAAAGGUCCCUACAAGACCUCCUUCAUAUUCCACACGUUGUAGAACAAUGUUUGUAUUAUUGGACUCCAACUCGAUUAAACAUUAACGACGACGAAGACUUGAUUCCAUUCACUCUCGACUUGCAAUCGCAAUCGCAAUCCAAUCGAUCAAAUCCACAGUUAUCCCCUUCCUCCUUCUUGUCUUGGUCGCUAAGCAAAUAAAUCUGAAUUCUGAGAAUCGAACUUGAAUUCGUCAAAAAGCAAUUCGAAUACUGACAACAAGAAUCACACUUCAGGACACCUGUCAACUACUUCGGUGUUUCCGAUCUGAACAAACCCUAGGCCUCGGUGCAAUCGAUUGUAUUCUUAAUUGUUGCGGAUCAAUUAGGGUUUCUGUGAGUUUGAUCGGACGAUGGAGCGGCGGAGGAGUCCUCCCAAGCAUAGACACGAUGGGACCUCUCCGUUGCCGUUAGGGAUGGAUUGGAGUCCUCCGCCUAAGAAAUGGAAUGGGCGGGACACAGUUUGGCCACAUGAUCCUCGCACAGGAUGGAGUUACUGCAUAACAAUCCCAACGUGGGUUGUCCUUCCGAAGUCUAAAGACUCAGACCCUGUUGUGUUCUACAGGGUUGUGGUUGGUUUACAAUCACCUGAAGGGGUCACAACGACACGAGCUGUAUUAAGAAGAUUUAAUGAUUUCUUAAGGUUACUUGCUGCUCUUAGGAAAGCAUUUCCCCAAAAGAAUCUCCCACCAGCACCACCAAAGGGACUCUUGCGUUUAAAAAGUCGAACAUUAUUGGAAGAGAGACGUUGCUCUUUGGAGGAGUGGAUGACAAAGUUGCUAUCCGACAUCGAUAUAUCAAGAAGCAUUGUAGUGGCAUCCUUUCUGGAACUGGAAUCUGCUGCUCGAUCUUCAUUUCAAGAUGAAAACCCACAAACCGUGCAAGGAAACCGUUCCAUAAGUAACAGCAUCGAAUCCAUGGCUUCAGGUAGCACACCAAUUUCUCCAGAUUAUGGCAGUGACACUGCUUACGAGACAUCUGAAAUCGGAACUUCAAGUUUAGGAAGAGAUAAUAUAUCCGAAGCCGGUACAGAAGAGUUAUCUCUAGACGAAGAUUUAACUGGCCCACUAGAAAAAUUAGUCAAGCACGGUAUGUCAAAUAUCGAUGAGGGAUUGUUAAUGGGAAGUGCUAUUUUAGAUCAGGUUGAAGGGUAUCAUUCCCGAGAGAUUAACCGAAGCAGUGAUAAAAACGGGAAUGGAGGGGGGGAUUAUGUGUCUGAAAAACAACAGGGUAAGUUAAUUGGGAAUCCCAAGAAGCUUCUAAAUGGGACAACUUCAUUACCAGAUAUGGAGUUUUCGAGUUCGUUGGCAGAUGAUAAUAUUAUUACGUCAAGUGAUAUAAACUUAGUGCUUCCGUUGGGGCAACAACAAAAGAUAAAUAGGGUUCUUAUCAGCAUGCAGAGGAGACUGGGAACUGCAAAAACAGAUAUGGAGGAUGUAAUAUCGAGACUAAACCAAGAAAUAGCGGUCAAAGAUUACCUUAUGACCAAGGUCAAAGAUUUGGAAGAAGAACUAGAGACGACGAAACUGAGAAGUAAAGAAAACCUUCAUCAAGCUAUUCAAAUGGAAAGAGAAAGAGUUACUCAAAUGCAGUGGGAUAUGGAAGAACUUAGACGCAAAUCCCUAGAGAUGGAGUUCAAAUUGAAGUCUCAACAGGAUGACAAGAGAGAAACAGAAGCGCCAAAAACAACAUCUGUGAUUGAAGAAAAAGAUAAGUUACUUGAGGAGUUGGAUGAAACUAAAAACAAGUUUGACCAACUUUUGAAGAAACAUCAAGAACUAGAAGUUAAAUCUAAAGCAGACAUCAAAGUUCUUGUUAAAGAGGUUAAAUCUCUUAGAAAUUCACAAGCAGAUUUAAAACAGCAGUUAAAUCAAUCACUUGUUGGAAAGUCAGAAGCCGAGAAACUACUCCAAGAAGAAAAACAGAAGUUUGAGAAAGAGGAAAUUGGCAGAGUGAAUUUGCUUCAUGAAUUUGAUGUUCUUCAGCAUCGGCUUCGAGAGUGCAGCAUAAACUUGUUAAACGCAAGUGAAGAUAAAUUAGUCAUUGAUUCUCCAUCAAUGCAAGAUGCUUUGGAACUCAUUAAAAUAUCUGAUGAUCACAUAGAAGCCCUCCUUGCCCAGGUACAAAUUAUAGCACAAGACGAUGCUUCAACGGCUGCUGGGGACAUGAAUGGUGAGGAAGGUGGCCGCACAUCAAGUCAUAAACUUAGGCAGAUGCUGUCAGAGAUCCUUGUAGACAACAUCAAUCUAAGACGGCAGGUGAGUAUGCUUAUUCAUCACGCUCUCAGUACUGGAAUAGUAACAACAGAAGACAAGAAGAUAGAUACGAGAUGAGAAGUAUAUGUGUGAGGAUUGUAUAUACCGCAAUUACAUAAUUAUAGCAUGUCGCCCGACUAACCUUACUUACAUUACCUUUGUGGGUAAUAUGAUGACUUAUUUUCUACCAAGUUGUUAUGGACCUUCCCUUUGUUCUUCAGCAAUUGAUGUGUAACUUGGGGUGGGAGAUCAAGUAUAGUGUAGGUGGAUUAUAAAGUUUAAGAUGUUCAUGUUUGUUGGAUGAUAAUGCUUUGUUGGUAAUGAUGGUCAAUGCUUGUAUGUUAGGAAUCAAAUGCUAUGAUGAAAUUUAGAAAAUGUCUUUUGAGCGA